AAGAAUACGGGACCUAAUCUUCACGAAGGGUAUUGUAGGAGAACAAGUUUCGGCACAAAUGCGCCAGGAUAAAAAAGUGCACAGCUCGUAUGUCUCUUCUCUCAAUGGCAAGCCUAGAAAAACUGCUUGGCGGGAUCUUGCAUUAACUGUGAAAAUUCAUAUGACAUCAACUGCAAACGUAACAAGUGUUCACCUACGACAUUCAUCGAACGCAAAAUUUUUAACGCUACAAAAUUGAUUUCUAUUACGGUCAUCUCUGUAACGGCAAAUAACAACGCAGGGAAUAGACCAUGAAGUCAUACCUGAACUCAUACUUGGCAACAGCUGUACUUCCCCUCUCGGCCUUAUGCCUAUACGCAACAGAUAUGCCGAAUCUUCCGUCUGUGGAAGGUUUCCAUGAUAGUCGACGUCUGGCGAAUACCUGCAAAGACUUCAUUGACGCGUCUACAACUGUUUUCACGCUGCUAUACGGAACGAACUUUUCCUGCACGUGUGAAAAUACAGAUUCGUUGUUUGACCUCUUUUGCAGCUCGACAGAAAAGGUGUGUUGCGAAGACGUUUGCAACACUAUUGAAGCAGAGUUGGGCUACAAUAUCACAAGCGUUGACAAUGUCGAAGGACUCUUUGAAGGAACCUGUGUUCUGUCAUACAGUGACAAUAUUCUCCGUGAUACCACGUGCGUUGAUGGGAAAAUAUGCGAAGGCGGUGCUUCCACUUGCGCUUGCAAUGCUCAGCUCAACGGCAUUAACUGCUCUAGCUGCACAAGUUGCGAAUCAUUUUCUUCCAAUGCUAUUUACAGCGUCGCUGCCAAUUGCUCCAAUGUUCCUGACUUGGCAAUCACACUCUCGCGCAAUAUUUUGCCAGCAACCUGCGACGCAACUGACGAGCUGUUUGUAAGCCGCUGCGGUAUCUCUUCGGGUCUAGAUGGUGACCACCCCCAUUUUCUUUGUUUGGUGAUGUUUCUCGCCAUCGUCGGAGUAGCAACUUUCCUUUUCGUGUAG